ACAAAGCACAUUCAUCCCCGUUCUUACCAAUAAACUGAAAUAUCAGUGCGAUUCGUGCUUACUUUUAUCGAAAAAAUUCUUCGAAUCUGAAUCUCAGUCGGUCAUUAUUAUUUCUUGUUGAUUGAUUGAAGUUGCUGCGGCCAACAAUUUAAAAGUCAAACUACAACAAUAAUAACAACAACAGCAAUAUAAAGAACAAAAAAGCGCCUACAACAAUGCACUGCCUAUGAUAAGAUAAUAAAUCUAGAUUGUGAAAAAAUUAAACCAAAGUGCCUGAAUUCUUCUUUUUUUUAUUAAAAUCUUUUAAUUACUAUCAAUAAUUGGUGUUGUUGUGAAAAGUGAAUUGCGAAAAAAAACCUUUACUCAAAUUAGUUAACUCUGCCUUGUGUGACGCAUUUUCCUGUUUUUUGGUGUGACGCGCUUUCAAGGUCUCCGGUCAUUUUGCAAUAAGAAGUGAAAAAACAAAUUAGUUUAAAUCCAGAACAAACAACAAAAACGAUGUUCAUAUAGGGGAGAAUACAUUUUUGAAACGAGUCAUCGGCUUCUUUGCAUCGAAGCAAUUCAAGUUUAAACUCAAUACAUUUUUCAAUUUUGUCUAAUUGAAAAUUGCUGCAAAAUGUGUUGCAAUUGCUGCAGUGUUACACAACGCAAAGCCUGGGUAUACGGUUUGGGUACCGUAUUUGCUGCCCUGGGUAUUUUAUUAAUUGUAAUGUGGCCCUCUUGGUCGGAGUCCAUUAUAAAUAAUAAUUUAGUUUUGGUUGAGGGCAGUGAAAGCUAUGACAGCUGGAAACAGGCACCAAUUCCCAUUUAUCUCAGUUUCUAUAUGUUCAAUUGGACCAAUCCCGAAGAGAUACACAAUCCCAAUGUCAAACCCAAUUUUGUUGAAUUGGGACCAUAUGUUUACUUGGAAAAACACUCCAAGGAGAAUAUAACGCAUCAUGAAAACGGCACGGUAACAUAUUACGAAAGGCGUUCAUGGUUUUUUGAUGCCUCCAGAUCAAAUGGUACCGAGGAUGAUUUGAUUACCACAGCUCAUCCCAUUACAGCGACCGUUGCCGAUGAAAUGCGUCACUCAAAUAAACUAAUCAAGAAAGUCAUCAACUUUAUGCUGAAUCGUGAGGGUGGCAGCUUGGCAACAACCCAAAAGGCCGGUGAUUGGAUAUUCCAUGGCUAUGAGGAUAGACUUAUUGAUUUCCUCAAUCUUUUCAAUACAUCGAAAAUCAAUAUUCCCUAUACGAAAUUUGCCUGGUUGGCCGAUCGUAAUAUGUCAUUGGAAUAUGAUGGUUCAUUCACAAUUUACACGGGCGAAAAUGAUCUUUCGAAAUUGGGCCAGCUGACACAUUGGAAUAGACGUAAUGAGACUGGAUUUUAUCCAGCCCCAUGUGGUACGGUCAAUGGCACCACCGGUGAUUCUUUCCCACCCAAUCUGGAUACGACUGGCGAAUUGACCCUUUUCGUUACCGAUACAUGCCGUUUCAUGAAUCUAAAGCCCAAUGGAACCAUCACACGUUUAGGUUUAACCGCCACCGAAUGGGUAGGCACUGAGGAGACAUUGGAUUCGGGUGAAAAUUAUCCCAUACAACAGUGUUUCUGUGAUCCCAAACAGGAAGUAUGCCCGAAAACUGGUGUGGUUGAUUGUAAGAAAUGUCGUGACAAUGCCCCCAUUUAUGCCUCAUUCCCACAUUUCUAUUUGGCCGACGAGUCGUACAGGAAUGCCAUUACCGGCAUGAAUCCGGAUUAUGAGAAACACAGAUUCCGCAUUGCCGUGGAACCUUUUACCGGUAUACCAUUGAAUAUUGAUGGUCGUGUGCAAAUCAAUUUGAUGAUGACACGCGAUAAAGACUAUGAUAUCUAUCGUGAUAUCAAUGAAUUCCUACUGCCCUUGUUCUGGUUCGAACAAUCUGCUCCUUUGACCGAGGAUUUUGCCAGGAAAGCCAAGCUCUUAAUCAAUUUGGAAUCCUAUGGCCGUUACUUUGGCAUUGCCUUGACAUGUUUGGGUGGUAUCUUCUUCAUUACCGGCAUUACACUGACAUUGACUAAACGUUGGAAACGUUCGGUCUCUGACGAUGAAGAUAUGCUAACCAAUUAAAAACAACAACAACAAGAAAAUCUAUUAUUCAUCUGCGUUUUUUGAAGAUGAUAUUGAUAUAGUAUUUGACACAUUUUUUUCUCAUCUUUACCCUCUAAGUUGGUUCUGUACAAAAAAAAAAAAAAAAAAACUAUAGUUAGCUGAACUAAGUCAUUAUGUGAAAAAAGUUUUUUGUACAUACAUUCUAGUUAUAAGCCGAAUAGAAAUAACUCAGUUAUAAAAGAAAUUUGCCUUUAAAUGCACUUCAUAAUAAUCAUAGUUAUGUUAAGUAAAAAAUUAUUGUUUCUUUUUUUUAUUUUAUUUUCUUAUUUCCGAAUCAUUCACAAUACACAUUUGUAUUCAACUGUUUGUGAUAGUAUAUAGUCGUUAAAAGUGUUUGUAAAUAUGGUUAGUUUUAAAGUGUCAUAGGAGUAAGGAAGAAAAUGCGAUAAGAAAUUAAAUAAAAAUUACAAAGAAAUAAAAAA